CGCCGGAAGUACGUAAGGCCUCAACACAGGCCCCGCCCCCGUGCACGAAAGUGCCCGUCCCCUCAGUGCGUACUUCCGGCGCGCCGGUGCGUGACCGCCGGGCGGCCGGCACGGGUCCUUGGCUCGUUGGCUCUACAGCCCGCAGCAGCUCUCGCUGGGCUGCUCGGCCUGGGCUCCGGGACCCGGGUCCCGCCCGGCGCGAGCGCGCGAUGAGGCUGGGUUCCGGCACCUUCGUUGCAGGCUGCGUAGUGAUCGAGGUGCUCGGGGUCGCGCUUUUCCUUCGUGGAUUCUUCCCGGCUCCUGUGCGUUCCUCUUCCGGGACGGAGCACCACGCCGAGUCCCCCGCGCCCGAGCCCUUGGCAGGAGCCACUUCCAAUUGGACCAGCCGCCCACCUCCUCUUUUCAGUAAAGUUGUCAUUAUGCUGAUAGACGGCUUGAGAGACGAUUUUGUGUUUGGGUCAAAGGGGGUGAAGUUCAUGCCGUAUACAACUUACCUUGUGGAAAAAGGAGCAUCUCACAGUUUUGUGGCUGAAGCCAAGCCACCUACAGUGACUAUGCCUCGAAUCAAGGCCCUGAUGACGGGGAGCCUCCCGGGCUUCAUCGACGUGGUCAGGAACCUCAACUCCCCUGCGCUGCUGGAAGACAACGUGAUCACGCAGGCCUGGGCCUCGGGGCGGAGGAUCAUCUUCUAUGGGGAUGAGAUGUGGGUGAAAUUAUUCCCACGGCAUUUUGUGGAAUAUGAUGGAACCACCUCGUUUUUUGUGUCCGAUUACACAGAGGUGGAUGACAAUGUCACGAGGCAUCUGGAUACAGUCCUGAAGAGAGGGGACUGGGACGUGCUGAUCCUCCACUACUUGGGGCUGGACCACAUCGGCCACGUUUCCGGGCCCCACAGCCCAUUGAUUGGGCGCAAGCUGGGCGAGAUGGACAGCAUCCUGAUGAGGAUCCACACCUCGCUGCUCUCACAGGAGAAAGAGAUGCCUUCGCCCAGUUUGCUGGUCCUUUGUGGCGACCACGGCAUGGCUGAGCGCGGAGGCCAUGGGGCCUCUUCUGUGGAGGAAGUGAACACGGCUCUGCUCCUGAUCAGCUCUGCCUUUGAGAGGAAGCCCGAACCUGUCACCCACACGGCUUCUUCCCCAGGUGACGUCAGGCAGCCACAGCGCGUCCAGCAGACAGAUGUGGCUGUGACACUCGCAGUCGGGCUUGGUCUGCGCAUUCCGAAGCACAGCGUGGGCUGCCUCCCGCUCCCCGUCGUGGCGGGGAGAGCGAUGCGGGAGCAGCUGAGGCUCCUGCAUCUGAAUGCGGUGCAGCUCAGCAGGCUGCUGCGGGAGAAUGUGCCUUCCUACCAGAGAGAGCCUGGGUUCGAGCAGUUUCAAAUGUCAGAAAGGCUGCACGCCAGCUGGGUUCGCCUGUACCUGGAGGACAGCCGGUCCGAAGUCCUCCUCAGCCUAGGACACAAGGUCCGCAGGCAGUACUCGGAUGCCUUGAGGACCCUGAGCCUGUCCCUGAGCACACAGGGCGCCCACUACGACGUCUACUCCAUGGUGGUGGGGGCCGUCGUGGUGCUGGAGGUCCUUGCCCUGCUCCUGCUCAGCAUCCCCCAGGCACUGGGUGCCGCUGCCGAGCUGGACGCGCCCCUGUCAUCACCUGUGUUCUGUCUGCUCUUCUAUUUGACACUCCUGCUGCUCUGGGCCGUGCAUGUCAUUGUCUGCACUUCAGCCGAGAGCUCCUGCUACUUCUGCAGCCUCGCGUGGCCAGCCGCGGCGGCAGUGCUGGCACUCAUCUCUGCCCUGUUCUGCGCAGUCGUGUCUGCCCUGACCAGGACGCUCGUGGGUGGAGAGCCCCUGAGGAGGAGUCUAGCUCAUGCCGGCUCCAGGCGGUCAGAGUUAGGUCUCCUCAUCUUGCUGGGGACACUGGGCCAUGCCGCAAGUCUGGGCUCGAGCAGCUUCGUGGAGGAGGAGCACCAGACCUGGUACUUCCUUGUCAACACUCUGUGUCUGGCCCUGGGUCACGACAUCUGCAGACACUGCUUCCCGGGGGACGACGGCAGCAGGCCGGGAGGGUGCACUGGUGCAGCCCCAACUCGGCCAGACGAGAGCGCUCGCCGUUAUGUGUUGGACCUGGACCGGGACACGCCCCAUGGCCAUGAGAAGUGGAUGGUGCUGGCAAGCCCGUGGCUGGUGCUCAGCUGCUGCCGGCUGCUUCGGUCCCUGAACCACACGGGGGUGCAGUGGGCCCACCGCCCCGACCUGGGGCACUGGCUCGCCAGCUCCGAUCACAAAGCCGAGCUCUCCGUGCUGGCAGCCCUGUGCCUCCUGGCGAUCUUCGUGCUGGCUCACCAGCGGUGCUCCCCAGUGUCCAGGGUGGCCAUGGCACUUGGCCUGCUGGGUGUCUACUGCUACCGGGCGGCCACUGGCCACCUGCUGCUGCCAUGGCAACAAGACAGCAAAGGCGUCUCCAAGGGUAUCGUUGAGGCUCGUUUUGUUUACGUGUUUGUCCUUGGCCUUCUGUUCACGGGCAGCAAAGACUUGCUUAAGUCCCGAGUCAUUCCUGCAGACCACACACGCCAGCCCGCAGGCCUGUGGGACCUGCACGGGGGCCUCGUGCUGCUGGCGGCGCUGCUGCUCCGGCCGCACAACCUUCCCGUCCUGCUGUGCAGCCUCUUGGUCCAGGCUGUGAUGACCAGGUUCGUCUGGAGGCCCCUGAGGCACAACGCCGCGGAGGUCACGGCCAUGCACUAUUGGUUCGGUCAAGCGUUCUUCUAUUUCCAGGGAAACUCAAACAACAUUGCCACAGUGGACAUCUCGGCGGGCUUCGUGGGCCUGAACACCUAUGUGGAGGUCCCCGCCAUGUUCCUGACGGCGUUCGCGACGUACGCAGGGCCUGUGCUGUGGGCCAGCCACUUGGUGAACUUCCUGAGCUCCGAUGCCCACAGUGGUUCGGCCCUGGGACACGCCUGCCUCUGCUACGCACUGCUCUGCUCUCUCCCGGCGGCUGCGUACAUCCUCCUGGUGACGGCCCUGCGCUACCACUUGUUCAUAUGGAGCGUGUUUUCUCCGAAACUUCUCUACGAGGGCGUGCACCUGCUCCUCACGGCAGCUGUCUGCCUGUCCUUCACCGCCUCAGGUCAGAGCCACACCAAGUCUUAGACACUGGAAAAGAAGAUACUUUCAAAGUCUACUAUUUAUUCUGUGGAUCUGGAUCUAAUCUAAAUGCAAGAUUAUUCUAAAAAAAGAAAGGUGUGGCUUCUGCGAUGUUGACGAACACCUUCGUUUCUUGGACUGCUGUGCUUGAAUUCAGGUGCCCUUGCAAGUGGCUUCCUUUCCCCUGUUGACAGUCGUUUCAGCCACUUCCGAACUUUUAACUCCUGGGUAAGUGAGGAUAUGACCCAGAGUCGUGUGUCUAAGUGGGUGCCUUGAAAGGUCACCAGGGUGUGUGUGACCUUCAGAGCCCAGCCGCCGUGCGGGAGCAGGAUCCUGUCUGCCCUGUACCACCCGGGACACCACGGGGGUCCCGGGGUCUCUGCCGUCUAGGGGCAAGUCUGUCAGUGUGAAUGACUUUGAAAGUAAAGUUAGGACAUUUCAAAAAAAAUUGUUCAUUUAAAAAUAAAGGUAUAAUCCUGUUGUAAGUUAAUAUAACAAAAUUUUAAGAAAAAUAACUAUUCUCAAAAACAUAUUUAGCAAGAAAAGUGGCAUUAUUUUACAUCUUUGCAACCUUCUUCAUGUCUGGUUUCACCAAGGACAGUUGGGUUCUGCGACCACUUGGCUGCGAUUUACAUAUUUAGGGGAACUGGUCACACAGACCCGUCUGUGGGAAAGGGAGGGUAUUUUUUUUUUGGGGGUCAUUGUGGGUGUUAUUUUUGAUACUGCACUGAAACUGGACGAGUGAGGGUCUCUUAAAGGUUUGUUGGAGAAAAGUGACGAGUUGUGGGAAAACCAGCGCAGCCUGUGAGUCUGCUCCGCGUCACUGCCUUGCCCACCAGGUCUCAUCCAGUCCCAAGGCCCUGACCGCUGCGGGGAAACCUGGGGGGGUGGGUCAAGGGGCUCUGCACUGUUCUUGCAACUUCAUCUGGUUUUUAAACUCCUUGAAAAUAAACUUCCUUGAAAUAGAGAAGCUCAGCUGUCCCGUGUGGUCUGAAAGCACCUCACGGCUGCACUCGGCUGCACUGCCUCCCUUGACCUGCCGGGAGACCUGAAGGGCAUCCCCCUGUUAUGGUUCUGCCACACAAUCACCAUAACUGUCCCAGAUGCUGACACGGCUCGUUACUCAAAGCAAAAAAUCGCUAGUUACAUCACUAGUAGAAAUCUCUUUGAAUACUGGGAGCACAAUAGUAGGCGCAAAUUUCCUAAGACUGAAACUUAGUGUGAAAACUGAAAUUUCGCGGCCAUCUCCCUUGGUUUUCAAGUAAACAGCGUCCAGUCACCCAAACGACCAGGUUGCCCUUCUGCCCCGUGAAGGGGGCGCUACUGCCAGCACCCGAGUCCCUGGGGUGCCUGCCCUCCUGUCCCUGCAUGUCCAGGGCACCUCUUUCCAAAGACAGCGCAGGACACAGCACCUUGAGCCACUGUUGUCUUUGCCUUUACAACUUCUGACCGAGAGAGCAACACGAUCUAAGACGAAUGAGCAAAUGGAACUCAGCCC